CAGAGCUUCAGUGCCCGUGGUGAGGCUCAGCCACAAGAUUCCCAGGAUCUCAGACGCAGCCUAGGUAUAGGUCGCAGCAGGAUGUCGGACACCGAGGAGCAGGAAUAUGAGGAGGAGCAGCCGGAAGAGGAGGCGGCGGCGGAGGAGGAGGAGGAAGCCCCCGAGGAGCCGGAGCCAGCGGCAGAGCCAGAAGAGGAGCGCCCCAAACCAAGCCGCCCCGUGGUGCCUCCUUUGAUCCCACCAAAGAUCCCAGAAGGGGAGCGCGUGGACUUCGAUGACAUCCACCGCAAGCGCAUGGAGAAAGACCUGCUGGAGCUGCAGACACUCAUCGACGUGCAUUUCGAGCAGCGGAAGAAGGAGGAAGAGGAGCUGAUCGCCUUGAAAGAGCGCAUUGAGCGGCGCCGGUCGGAGAGGGCAGAGCAACAGCGCUUCAGAACUGAGAAGGAACGCGAGCGUCAGGCUAAGCUGGCGGUGGUGGGGCUUUCCCAGUGCUGGGGCUGCCACACAGCCAAGGCGCCCUCCAGCAGCCCUUAUGCGGAUGCAGAACAGAAGCGUGGUAAGCGGCAGACGGGGCGGGAAAUGAAGCUGCGGAUUCUCUCUGAGCGUAAGAAGCCUCUAGACAUCGACUACAUGGGGGAGGAACAGCUCCGGGAGAAAGCCCAGGAGCUGUCGAACUGGAUCCACCAGCUGGAGUCUGAGAAGUUCGACCUGAUGGCGAAGCUGAAGCAGCAGAAAUAUGAGAUCAACGUGCUGUACAACCGCAUCAGCCACGCCCAGAAGUUCCGGAAGGGGGCCGGGAAGGGCCGCGUUGGAGGCCGCUGGAAGUGAGGAUGCCACUGGGAUGGUGGCUCGCCCUGAGGCACCCGGGAAGCCUGGGAGUGUUUCUCCCAUGAGUAGCUUGAAAUAAACGCUCUCCUCAGACACCU